GGUGCAUCACGGGAAACAAAUCAAUCAGCAGGGUAACCGAGGUUUCCAACAUGGCUGCUUUCGGCUGUCAGUAAGGGAGUUGUUUUCAACUCAGGAGCGGUUCGCUGUGUAGGCAGGCAGAAAACAAAUCACACCCCGCUAUCUCCUGGUUCUUGUGCAGAGACAACGGCGGGGAGCACGAUGGCUCAGUGUCUUCAAUCCGUGCAGGAGUUUGUCCAGGACUCGUUCGUUCCCAUGGUGGCUGUCCUGUGUAGCGAAUAUGCGGAGAAAGUGACUCGGAAAAACAACCUGAAUUUCUCCGAGCUGGUGAGGCCUUUCUGCCGGCUCACAUCUGAAGGUCACAUGCGAGAUCCCAACAACCAGAUCCACGUGGUGAAGAACCUGAAGAUCAGCGUGUCCAAUGUGGUGACCGAGCCUCCCCACCAUGCCACCACUCGCCGGUUGCUCAAUGAGGUGGUGUCAGCCAGCCAGCCAGCCGAGGGCUUGGUGACUAACGUGAUUACGGCUGGGGAUUAUGACCUCAACAUCAGCGAUGGCUCGCUUAAAGCUAGUGUUCCUUGGUACUAUAGUUGGAAAGACACACUGAUGGAACUGAGCAAAUCCAAGUUCUAUACAGCCACGACUCCCUGGUUUGAGGCUUACCGAGAAAAUUUCCUCCAGUCCAUGCCAGCCUCCGACCACGAGUUUCUCAACCACUACCUGGCCUGCAUGCUUGUGGUGACAUCGCACGAGGCCUCGCCCGUGGACCAGCUCUUCAAGCUGUCCCAGGACCAGCACCGCAUCCAGCAUGGCAGCGAGCAUGCCUACCCCAAGUGGUUCAUCCCCAACACUCUGAAGUACUACGUUCUGCUGCAUGACGUCAGCGAGGGUGACGAGCAGAGGGCCGAGUCUAUCUACGAGGACAUUAAGCAGAGGUACGGGACCCAGGCGUGCUAUCUGCUCAAAAUCAACUCACGGACGUCCACGCUCGGGCCUGAUGAGCAGAUUCCGGAUCCCUGGAGUCAGUAUUUGCACAGAAAUAAUUUGCAGAACCAGGAGCUGCCUGAAGAGGGUUCUGCGGUGGUCGUGAACAAUGUUGAGAACAGCAUGAACGCGUCCGAAACUGACGGGCUCCACCUGCCCGCUAAAGACGAUGUUGGCAGAGUAAACAGCGACCACCCUCUGCAGUUGGAUGACCCCAGCAAUGUCGCCACCCACAUGGAAUGCAUCGAUGACAUCAAGCCUCCGGGGACGGGGCCUGCGGUCGACAUCAGGAAGCAGCCAUGUGCUGCCCCUGCCACACACGGGGCUUGCCUGACCCUUGGUGACCAUGACCGCAUCCGCUUAUUCAUCCAGGAGUUCACAUUCAGGGGCCUCCUGCCUCACAUUGAGAAGAACAUUCGGCAGCUCAAUGACCAGCGUAUGUCAAGGAAAGGCAUAAGUAGUUCCCUGAUUUCUGCAACAAAGAAGUGGUUUGGCGGUGGGAAGGUACCGGAGAAGAGCAUCAACGAGCUGAAGAACACAUCCGGGUUAUUAUACCCCCCAGAGGCACCCGAGCUUCAGAUCAGGAAGAUGGCCGACCUGUGUUUCUUGGUGCAGCACUAUGACUUGGCAUACAGCUACUAUCAUGCAGCCAAGAAGGACUUCCUGAGUGACCAGGCUAUGCUGUAUGCUGCCGGGGCCCUGGAAAUGGCUGCUGUGUCCGCCUUUCUUCAGCCUGGUGCUCCGAGACCCUACCCCGCCCACUACAUGGACACUGCCAUCCAGACCUACAGGGAUGUGUGCAAGAACAUGGUGAUGGCUGAGAGGUGUGCCCUGCUCAGUGCUGAGAUCCUGAAGAGCCAAGCCAAGUAUUCGGAUGCCGCCACCCUUUUGAUCAAGAUGACGAGCGAGGACUCGGACUUGCGGAGCGCGCUGCUGCUGGAGCAGGCGGCCCACUGUUUCAUCAACAUGAGGAGCCCCAUGGUGCGCAAGUUUGCCUUCCACAUGAUCCUGGCGGGACACAGGUUCAGCAAGGCGGGCCAGAAGAGGCAUGCCCUGCGAUGCUACUGUCAGGCCAUGCAGGUGUACAAGGGCAAGGGCUGGUCUCUGGCCGAGGACCACAUCAAUUUCACCAUCGGACGGCAGUCUUUCACGCUGCGGCAGCCCGAGAACGCCGUGGCGGCCUUUCGGCACAUUCUGAUCAACGACAGCAAACAGGCCGCCUCGCAGCAGGGCGCCUUCCUCAGGGAGUACCUCUACGUCUACAAGAGCGUGAGCCAGGCGUCCACAGAAGGGGUCCUCCCCCAACUCCCCCUGCCCUGCAUCCACAGCUUCGCCACCAGGGUCUUCUUCGGCCAUGACCGGAGGCUGGCCGAGGGAGAGAAGCAGGCUGCGAGCCAUGUCAGCCUGGACCAGGAGUACGACCGCGAGCUGUCCCAGCAGUGGCGGGAGCUGGAGGAGCAGGUGGUGGCCAUAGUGAACCGGGGUGUGCUGCCUGCAGCCUUCCAGCCCACGCUGUACUGCCUGAGCAACCAGACGGACAACAUGCGCUUCCCCUUGGCUGUGGUGGAAGAACCCAUCAUCGUCGAGGUGGUCUUCAGAAAUCCCUUGAAGGUCCCCCUCAUCCUCACUGGGCUCUCCCUGCUCUGGAAGUUCUCCCCCAAGGAACCUGGGCAGCAGCGGGGUGGUGAAACCGAUGAGGUCGUGAGCAACGAGAGAGAAGUGCAGGCAUCUCAAGGGGGUUUAAUUACCACUGAAGUAAUAUCAGAGUUCCACAUGAGCCCAGAAGAAAAGAAAGUGGCUCGUCUCAAACUGCUACCACACCAGACCGGAGAGCUGCACAUCCGGGGGGUGGUUUACAACCUGGGUGCAGCUCCCCCUCCUGGUGAUGUCCUGAACAGCACUGUAGGGACUCGUGUGGAAGGAAGCAUCUUCAGCGAUGGCCUGUUCGUACGUGGUCGCCAGGACCUGGAGAUUCAGGGUCCAAGGCUGAACAACACUAAGGAAGAGAAGACGUCAGUGCGGCAUGGCCCGGACCGGCGGCUGGACCCCAUCAUCACACCCCCCAUGCCCCUGCUGGAAGUCUUCUUUAUCAACUUCCCCACGGGCCUGCUCUGCGGGGAGAUCCGGAAGGCGUAUGUGGAGUUCGUCAACGUGAGCAAGGUGCCCCUGCAGGGCCUGCGCGUGGUGUCCAAGCACCCGGAGUUCUUCACCUUUGGCAGCCAUGCAGCUGCACUCACGCCACUCAGCCCUGGGGCCUCCGAGAACUGCAGCGCCUACAAGACCGUGGCCACGGGCCGCGCCUCCGCCUCCUCCACGCUGGUUGCGCCUGCAGACUUUGGCACCGGGGCCGACGGCUCGCGGCCUGGCGUGGUGGAGAUCCCGCUGCCGGACUCCACACUCCAGCCCGGCGCCUCCGUCCAGCUGCCCAUGUGGCUGCGGGGGCCGGACCGCGAGGGCGUGCACGAGAUCAACUUCCUGUUCUACUACGAGAGUGCUGAGAAGAAGGUGUCCAAGAUGAGCCACCGCGUUCUGCGCCACACAGCUAUCAUCUGCGCCAGCCGCUCGCUCAGUGUGCGAGCCACAGCAUGUCGGAGCAACACUCUGCCAGAGAACAGCGAGGACAGGAACAGCGGCAUGCUGGUCUUCGUGGAUGUGGAGAACAUCAACACUAACGAAGCUGGGGUGCGGGAGUUCCACAUCGUUCAGGUGUCCAGCAGCAGUCAGCACUGGAAGCUUCACAGCUGCAUAAAUUCUGUCGAAGACAAAGAUUCCAAACUGACAAGCAGAGAACGGGGGAAGCUGUGCUUCCGGGCCACAAAGUGCAGGAGCGCGGAAGCUACCUCAGAUGCAGUGGGGAAGUACACGUUUGCUGACAUCAACCUGGGGAAUGAACAGAUAAUUAGUGCUACCACACCGUGCGCCGACUUCUUCUUCCGGCGACGGCACCCUCUGGAGUCCAAGAAGCCGCCAAUGUUGGGGAGCGCGGGGUUCGCUCCCCCUGCUGGCCACACAGCUGCGGAGCACCUGAGCAAUGUGGUGUGCCGGUGCAGCGAGGUGGACCUCAGCAUCAUUGUUCUCUGGAAGGCAUACGUGGUGGAGGAUAAUAAGCAGCUCAUCCUUGAAGGGCAACUUCACGUCGCCCUGCAAACCAUUGGGAGGGAAGCGUGCUCCCUGACACAGAAGGAGGAAGCUGAGGAGAUGGUUCUGCUGAAGUUCAAGCCAGACGUUCCCCCUCCGUUAGCGAAGCCAUCCGUGGAGCAGCUGUCCCAGCUGAUAAAGACAAACCUCCACUACCCAGAGUCCUACGACCACCCGUUCCCGCAGAAAAGCCUCUGCAUGGUACCUGUGACGCUCAUGCUCUCUAACUGCUCAUUGGCUGAAGUCGACGUCAUCAUAGACCUUCGGCACAAAGCCACCAGCCCAGAGACACUGGAGGUCCAUGGCUCCUUCACGUGGCUGGGCCAGACCCAGUACAAGCUGCCUCUGCGGGCCCAAGAGGUCCGCAAGCUGCGCCUGACAGCCUGCUUCAUCCACGCCGGCGUGUACAACCUGGGCACGCCACGCGUCUUUGCCAAGCUCGCCGAGCAGGGCUCCAUGUGCGAGGCGAGCCGACAGAGCGCUACGCCGGCGCUCAUCAUCAUUAACAGCGUCUGAGCCUGACCCACGACCGACACGCACACGCUGGACCCCGGAAAACAGAUUCUUUUGUACAAACCCCCCCCCCCCACCUUCCGACUCGUGUGCUUGUGAACAUGGCAGUCACAUGAUGUUAAAUAAACAUAGCUGUUUAUGUUCUGACGUCACAGCAUUAUGGACUUUUAAGAGUUACACAAUAUGGACUUCAUUGCCAUGGCCUCUACCUUACCGCCUGUUGCCCCUCCCCCCCCUUUUUGCCUUUUCUAUGAAAUACAAAUAAAGAUGGAGGGAGGCCUACAGAAACUCUUUGAACUGUCUUCCUCAAGUUGAUAAUUGGGGAGGUUUCCUGUGUGCUUUACAGUCACAGUUGAAGGGUAGGCUUUUUGUUUUCCUCUGCCUAAAAAUGUGAAAUAUCAUCUAGGAAAUGAGCAAUCUGGACCUGAUCACACAACAGUUUAGUUAGUUGUCUUUUGGUUUGUUGUAUUGUUGAAUUUGAGGCAUGUUUUUUUUUUUUUUUUUUUUUUUAAAGAUGUUCUGUAAGAAGCCCACGUGUUCCUGGAAAAAAUAUAUAAAUCUGGAUAUGAUGGCUGUGCUGUUUUCACAAGCACAAUUUUAAUUUUCUACAAACGAAUCAUUUUCCCAUUCUGUAACUCCACCUUUUGAUUAAGCUGUUAUUUAAAUGUACCUACACAUCUGGCUUUUCAGAAAAUGAUGUAUUAUAUUUAUAACAAAUUUACUGUAAAUAGAAUAAAACAUAACCAAUU